GUACGGCAGUAGUGCGAAGUUUAUGAAAAAAUCUCCAUAAAAUGGCAGAUUAUGUCGGUUCCAAGGUGAGAAUCGAGGCUGAUAAUGGUUCUUUCGAAGGCAUAAUUCAGGCCCUUGAUCAGAACUCAAGAAGAAUAACUCUAAACAAAGUUGUGUCAUGUAAAAGUGGGAAAAAGAUGCCUGGCCAACAGUAUUUCUAUGGAAAUGAACUGGACAAAAUCACAAUCCUUGAAGAGAAACGAAAAGAAGUGAAGGACCUCAUGGCUGAUGAUCCUCAUGGUCCGAAAUUAUUGAGGACUGGCAGGAAACUAAACACGGAGCAUCUUAGUCGAAUUAGGGACUUGGAUUAUGACGCUUUGUGUCUGAGUAGGCGCAAUGUUUAUGACGACGACGAGAAGAGUCUUGUUCAAAAUGUUAGGAAGUCUAUACCAGUCAAAGACCUCUCUGCAUCAUCCAGCUGCCCACUACCACCUACCGAGACCAAACAUUCAGGUCACCGAGGUACGCCAAGACCAGAGUAUUUCAUAUUCAUUGACAGUAUCAAUGAAGACUUCCAAACAGCUAUGACUUAUCUGUCCAAGGAAAGUAUUGUUGGCAUGGCAGCUGAGGGCGUGAGCAUCGGCCGGAACGGAGAGCUCUGCCUUCUGCAGCUUGCUACCCAGAGCCACGUUUUCAUAUUCGACAUGUUGGUCCUUGGUGCAGUGGCUUUCAAAGAUGGGCUAGCUGAGUUGAUUCAGUGUCCAAGGGUUUUGAAGGUUGUCCAUGACUCACGUCUUGUCUCUGAUAUGUUGUUCCAUAAGUUUGGAGUGAAUCUCAUCAACAUAUUUGACACUCAGGUUGCUGAUGUAAUUGCCUAUAAGAUAUACCACAAUGGUGACCUCCCCCGCUAUGUCUCUGGUCUUCCUCUCUGCCUCUUCCAAUAUCUUGAGCUCAAUCCAGAAGAAGUGUUCAUCAGUCGUGUGAGGCAGCAUCAGAAAGAGGAGGAUGAAUCUGUAUGGACAGUGCGCCCCCUUCCAAUGCGCUUGUUUGACUGUGCCACCAAGAAUGUAAUCUACCUGCGUGAGUUACGCACUGCUCUCAUGGAUCACUUGAUGGCUGAGUUCACAACUGGCGUCGACAUCUACUUAUCUGUGAUACGCGAUUUAGACCAAGAAGAGAUUUGUAAAGAAAAGUAUGCCAGUCACAAGUUACCUCUCAAUUUCAAAGGACUUGGAAGGAUGCUUCGAGUGAAAGGAGACGAUUUUGACUUUGUUGGCGAUGAUGGCUUCACGGAAAAUUGCCGAGGUGUGGCAGAUCCAUGGGUUGUGUUCAGUAAAGGUGGUAUGUUCCAGCGUCACCCACAGAGCACCACAGCUAAUACCAACCCACAUGGAAAAGUCCUCUUUCACCAGGGUUCGUUUACAAGUCCUGGUGUUCCGUCCGCCCCUAUCACGAAGGGAGACAUGUCUGGUGUAGAGAGUGGUUCACAUUCGGAGGGCGAAACAGAUAAGUCUGAGUUGCAGAAACGCAAACAAAGGAUAAAUUUCAAGGAUUGUGCGAGUCCGACAAGGCCUAAGAAAAGCUACCGCAGUCCAGAUGGUCAUGGUCAAAUCUCAUCCAUUCGCAAUGCCAAACUCUCGCCGCAUCAAUCCCUGGAAACAACUCAUCUAACAACUGAGGAGGAGGAGAAGGAAAAACCAUUUGUAUCACCAGAUGUCACUGAGUUCACCCAGCUGGCCAAGCGGUUGGCAACUUUAUCAACGAGCAUUGGGAAGGGAACACCAGCUGACGUUUCACUGUCGGGGGGCAUGCCUCGAUCAUACCUCAUGUCGUCCGAACCUGCCAAUACUCCGAGUCUUUCAGCCAAGGCUACUCCUUCUAAGCAAAUCAAACAAGAAGGGCCAACACUGACACCGAACCAGGAUCCAACAUCAACAGGAUUAAACUACUCAUUCCACCCAGCCGGAGAAAUGGAGGUGCCAAAAAAGAAAUCUCGGGGGCUAAUACUUCAAUCAGGAUACGAUACAGACUCGGGCGUAUCUGAAAGUGAAAACCUACUGCCAUCUGGUCAUCGUAAUCAAACAAGAGCAUCAAAUCUUCAUGUUUAUUCUACUGAAGACUAUGGUGCUAUUCCCGAAACAAGUGACGAUCAAUCUAAGAGGUCUUUAUUAUCAAGUCAGGGACAGGGACAAGAAGAUUCAAACCAUGAUGAGACAAAUGCUGUGAAUGAUUCUUUGGAAGCUGCUGAUUCUUCAGGGCAAUUGGAGGCUGCUAGCUUUGUUUCUCAUUUACAGCAGAUGGUUGGAUUGAAAAAGGAUUUGCCAAAAAUACCAGGACUUGGACAUAGUGGCAUGGACUUGCCGAGUUUGGGAGCUGGGGCUGAGCAGUCACACUUGGAGAAUAAGGGCAGGGGAUACAUGCUGAGGCCAUAUUGAUUGUAGAUAGACAACAUACCACGAUGUGGUCAUCAGUUACUUUUCAUUUUGUAUCAGUUGAGAUUUUUGUCCAUCAGAGGGAGACAAGAGUCAAACCUACAUGCUUGAGAAGUGCACAACUUUGUAUUUGUAUGCUUUAUAAAUGCAGGGAGUUUGUAGUUUUCGAAGAAAUAUAAUAUACCAGACUGAGGUAUAAUCAAUAGAAA